AUGGAUACAAUAUUUGGUCCCGACGAUACCGAGUAUCCUACGGCACAAAUAUAUAUGUCUACAAUGAGAUGGAGCUGUGGGUUGGAGAGGCUGGCUAGAGAAGCUGUGCAAGGCUGCCCUAGUAAAAUACCAGAGAAUCCAUUGUAUGCAAGCAAUGUACUAUUCUUAUCAAACGAACAAAGGAAAUUAUAUGAUGAACUGGAGCUCGAAAGUCCUCUCAAAAUGCGGUUCGACGAUUUUGCUAGCGGACGCUCUAGAUACCAAUGGGGCAACAUGGUAUUGAAAUUUCCAGGGCCCCGAAGGAUUGAGGUCGCUUGCAAAUAUUUAUCGUGCGGUAACACUUUCCGUCGGUUGCUCUCAGCAGACUUGCAACGACAAAGCCACCGCCGUGUGUUUCUUUAG